AUGCAGAACGGAGAAGAUACGCCGGCGACUGCCGACACUACGCUGGUCCCGGAGGAGGUGACCAAGCAGUCCUUUCGCCUGAAGGUCUGGCGGCACCUGGAGAACAACAGCUUGGCGAUGUUCCCCCGCCCAGUGUUCAACCGGAUCCCCAAUUUCAAGGGCGCCCCCGAGGCGGCCGCGCGGCUAGCGGAGCUGGAGGUGUUCAAAAACGCCAACACCGUUAAGGUGAACCCCGACAAGCCGCAAGAGCCCGUCAGGGUGGUCUGUCUGGAGCAGCAUAAGACUUUGUACGUGCCGGUUCCUCGUCUGCAGAACGGCUUCCUGAACAGGCUGGUGUUGCCAGAAGGCGAGACGGGCCCGGCGGCCAUAAGGAAAAGCGUGUCCCGUAAUGGCAUGGAGACUUAUGGUCAACCUAUCGGUAUCGAAGACUCUGUCUCCCUGGACUUGGUCGUAAUGGGAUCUGUAGCGGUAUCCAAGGAAGGCUACCGCAUCGGCAAGGGUAGAGGCUAUGGGGACUUAGAGUUCGGUCUGAUGAUGCACAUGAAGGCCAUAAAGCCGACAACGCUGGUCGCCACCACCGUACACGACUGUCAGGUGUUCGACACAUUGCCAGCUGAGUUGUUUGGGCCACACGAUGUUCCCGUCGAUCUAAUCAUCACACCCACACAGGUGAUAGAGACGCAGCGCAUGAGCCAAAGGCCCGUGGGUAUCCUCUGGCAUCUCCUGUCCAACCGCAGAAUACAGAUGAUGCCGAUUCUCGGCCAACUGCGAGAUAUUGAAAUGCUUGCUGGCCGCGCCUGCACCCUGAAGGAGGUGGACACGGACGUUGAAGAAAGGGCCACCAGCCGCCAGCGGAGGCCGAGGCGCCGCACGCGCUCGCACAAGAGCCAGAGUGAGGGAGAGGGCAACACCACGGAGGGCGAGGACGGCAAAGCGGGCAAGCCGCGCCGCCCGGGCAGGAGGCGCAACAGCACCAAGUCCAAGGAGGGCAAAGAGGGCAGAGAAGGCAAAGAGGGCAAGGAGGGCAGAGAAGGCAGAGACGAGAAGCCGCGCCGUCCGAGGCGGCCGCGCCCAGUCAUCGACUUCUCUCUGAAGAUCUCGAACAUCAGUCCGAACACGAGAGUGCGCGAUCUGAAGCAGGCGUUGUCCGAACGCGGUGUCAAGCCCCAGAUUAUGGUUUGGAAGGGCUUCCGAGGUUUCUGCUAUCUGCAUUUCUUCAAACCAGGACCCCAAAAGGGCGAGGGUGACAGCGCCCCGGCGGUGAAUAUGGAGGGCGUGCUGGCGGCACUGGCCGACAUGUCGGUGGGUGGCAGCGGCGGCGGCGACGAGGCGCGUGACGACAAGCCGCGCCUGCUCCAAGUUGAGCCCGCGCCGCCACGCCAGCCGCCCCAGCAGGAGGUUCAU